AUGUCUGCGACGACUGUGAACACAACCAUGGAGUCCCGACUCCCUUCAACCACCUCUAAGGAUCUGCUCACCUUUGACGGGAUCCAGUUUGGUGAUUGGCGGGACGAUUUCCACAAGAAUGGGUUUGCCAUUGUCAAGGGUGCCGUCUCUCAGGAGCGUGCUCAAUAUUACCGACAAAAGCAGCUCCAAUGGCUCCAGUCAUUCGGUCUGGGAUUUGACCCCAAUGACAAAGCAACGUGGACCAGGGACCACUUACCCGUGAGCUUUAAGGGAGGAAUGUACUCUGCUUACGCAGCCACUCAUGAGAAAUUCGUUUGGGAGGCUCGAACAGAGCCCAACCUUAUUAAAACCUUCUCGGACCUGUGGGGCACAGAUGAGCUGCUCGUGUCUUUUGAUGGCAUGAACAUCACCUUGCCUCAGCAGAAAGACAUCGACUGGUCUCCCUGGCCGCAUGUUGACCAAAAUCAAGAGAGAAAGGGCAUGCAAUGUGUCCAAGGUCUUCUGAAUUUUGCUCCUAAUGGGCCCCAGGAUGGUGGGUUACUUUUAAUGAAAGGCUCGUCAAAGCUUUUUGAUACCUUUUUCGCGCACAAACGAGAGGGCUAUGCGCACGAGGAUGCACCGCCUGCGGAAGAGGAAUUCAGAGAUCUCUUCCUGUUUUCAGAGCAGGAUGUACAAUGGUAUAAAGACCAGGGCUGCGAGUUGAUCAAGACAUGCUUGGAGCCUGGUGAUCUUGUUCUCUGGGACAGUCGCACGAUGCAUUACGCUUGCCUUCCCCAGGGGGACAUUAUUCGAUCCGUGCAGUACGUCUGUAUGACCCCUCGAAAGUUCGCGAAGGAGGAGGACGUUAAGCUCAAGGGCGAGCUUUUCUGGGAUUAUGAAGGCACAACUCACUGGCCGCACUGCAGCAACAUUCAUAGACACGGUCCGCCCAUGAAAGAUGGAAAAAUUGAUCCGCUGAAUAGGAAAGAGCCAUUAGAGAAGCCAGUUCUGACUGACCGGGUUCUACAGCUUGCGGGAGCGAAGGACUAUUAA